AUGCACCGACUGGGAAAAGAUGCCCAGUUUCACCUUCCACACCCUCCUAGGGGCGGGUUGCCGGUUGAGUCGCCGACUUCCCGACCUAUAAGACAGGUUUCUUCAGUAGUCAACCAUUCUACGGCAUGCAAAGAGAAAUGCUUGGAAAUUUCUCUUCUUUGUGACGGGUGGACCUCACGUGGGGGUGGUUUGUCAACGUUAAACAGGGAGCUGACGGUACACUUGGCAGGGGCAGGGAUGGUGCGGGUUACUGUCUUCCUUCCUGGGGGUGCUUGUGCCCAUGAGCAUAAGAAGGAGGCUGAAAAGCACGGGAUCAACGUGGUUGAAGCAAAGCGACUCCUAGGCUAUGAUGAUCCUCAGGUUUGGCUGAGCUUUCCACCUCCAGACCUGAAACCUGAUGUUGUAAUUGGUCAUGGUCAGAAACUAGGUCGUCAAGGACAAAUUUUCAAAUGUCUACCACACAGAUGCAAGUGGAUUCAAAUGGUGCAUACUGAUCCAAAAGAGCUGAGCAAGUACAAAAUCGAUAGCCAGGCUGUUUGUAAGGGCGAGGAAAAACAUAAGACUGAAGUUGGACUCUGUAAAAUGGCUCAUCUGGUCGUUACUGUUGAACCCAAACUGUAUGAUGCUUUCUCUAAAUACCUUGGAAAUGAAUAUGUCUCGAAUAUCCUAAAACUCACUCCUGGUCUUUUUGAGGAAUUUAAAGAUUUGAAUCAUGCCCUUAGGAAGGGUUCUAACUUCAAAGUGUUGUUGUGCGGCCGCAGUGAUCCAGAAGACUUCAAGCUAAAAGGCUUCUUCGACAUUGCCGCCAAGGCUUUUGCUUGCAUUGAGCUUAGAGAACCAUCUUAUUUACUCAUAUUUGUGGGAGCUUUAAAGGGAAAAAAACAAGAGAUGAAAGGAAAGCUCCUCGAGUUUGGCAUUAGAGAAGAUCAGUUAUUCGUUAAAGAAUUUGUAGAAAGUAGAGAAGAAAUGAAGAAGUUGCUUUGCGAAGUUGAUCUGGUGAUCAUGCCCUCGCGGGCCGAGGGCUUUGGUCUUGUUGCAUUUGAGGCUCUCUCCGCAGGUCUUCCUGUUCUUGUGGGCAAAAAUUCAGGCCUUGCUCAAGCCAUAAGAGAUUUGCCGAAUGGUAAAUUAUGCAUUGUUGUUUCAGAGGAACCCGAGGAAUGGGCGACUGCAAUCACAACUGUUCAACAAGGGCAUAACGAAUACCUACAGAAGAUAAAGGACCUACGUGAAGCUUAUGGGAAGAAAUACAGCUGGGAAGAGCAGUGUGAAGUUCUUGUAGACAAGAUGAGGGAGAUGAUACUGCAUGCAAACUGAAAGAUAGAAAGUGCAGUAAAGCUAGUCCGGCGGGAAAUGCAAGUGCAGUAGUGACUUUGAUGCACAACCCGUGAAACUAGAAUGUAGAAAUUAGUUGGAAGACAUUGCAACUGGAUUGCACCCACGUACUCCUCUGUUCAUAUUCAUUAACAAUGGAUCAGUCUUGGAGAAUAUUUUGAGGUGUUCAAAAAACCUUACAAUGAUAGGAGAACUUGACUGGAGUGGGACAAGAAACAACUAAAGGCAAAAUGACAGCACACAAAAUUGUACAUGGUGGAACACUCACAAAAGUCGCUGGUGCUUUCCGUUGGUAUCGGUGACAUUCCCUGUAGGUCAGAACUCCCCUGGAAUUCCUCUUAGAAAACCCAAACUCUUGUACGCUUGUUUGUAUUUUCUUCCCAGAUUUGUCUUAGAUCGCCCCCCAAAUUAUACCGCAGUCAUUUGGAAUCACCCACCCCUUCCCUACUCUUUCUUUCUUUUUCAAGACCAGGGUAGUAACUUUUUAUGGGAUGGAAAGGGUGAACUUCCCUGUAACCGUAAUGGAAAACUUCCUCUC